GCUACUGGCUUUACUACUGUACCGUUAUGAUUAGUUGUAAGGUUGUAGUUGUACGUUGUACUUGAUUGUACGUAGCGCUAGUGUGCCAUUUUAUUGUAGCUAAACAAUGGUAAUUAAAUAAUUGAAAUAUUUAUUGUUUUCUAUGUAACAUAUAAAUAUAUUUGUUUUGGAAAUAACAACCAUUAAAACUAAUAGAACUAAAAGACCUAAAAGACAUGAUAAAUAACAAAUAAUAAGACAGAAGAAAAUAUCUUAUGAGUAUGCAUCCAGCGUAAACAUAUUAAUUAAAAAAUUUUACUAAUUUGUUAAUCAUGUUUUUUUUUAAAAAAAGUUGUUUUCCAAAAACAGAAACUAUUACAGGUUAUGUAAAUGAUCGUUAUUAUUCCAUUAAACGAACGAAACAAUUCUUAUAUUCAUUACAAAUAUAUAAUUCUAUUAAUUAUACCAAUAAUAGAACACAUUCGUGGUUAUGUUGUGAUAUAAACCAAUUUGGUAAAAAAUAUAUUUUAAAUACACUAAAUAAAGAUAGUCUUUCACAUUUUUCAAUUUUUAAUAAAAAAUUUUGUGAAAAAACAUUGUCAGAAGAUAUUAAUACAUUUGGAAAUCUUUCAUAUGAGGAGUAUGAAAAAAUUAAAAUGGAUAAAGCAGAAAAAGAAGAAAAAAGAUUCGCAGAAAAAGUUAUAGCUCCAAAGAAACAAAGAUUAAGUUAUGGAGACUAUUGUAGACUUAUUAAAUCUCAUUUAUAUAAUAAAAAUUUACAAUUGGCUCUGAAUAUAUUAGACUUAAUGAAAGAAAAUGGUGAUAAACCUAAUUUAUAUAUGUAUAGACUAUUACUUUCUGGUUUUGCUCAGCAAGGUGAUGUUGAACAAUGUUUUAAAUUAUUUAAAAACAUAAGAGAAAGGGGUUUAACUCCUAAUGCACCUGUGUAUAAUAGUUUACUUAAUGCUUGUGCUGAAACAAAUGAUACACAAAAAGCAUUAGAUCGCUUAUCAUUUUUACGAGAAUAUUUUUAUAAGAGAAACAUAGAUUUGUCUGAUAUACAUUAUGCAACUCUCAUUAGAGCUUAUGGUCGUCAUAAUCAAAUUUUGACUGCUUUUGAAAUAGCAGAUGAAGCAAAGGAUAAAGGCAUUUUUACACAGGACAUAAUUGCUGCUUUGUUUCAUGCAAUAAUCAAUGAUAAAGAAAAUGGAUUAAAAUAUGGUUUAGUUUUGUGGCAUAAGAUGAGAAUAAGUAAAAUACAGCCAACUAUAUUUCAUUAUAAUCUUCUUUUAAGGACAAUCAGAGAUACAAAAUUUGGUGAUUUAAAAGUAAAUGAUAUUAUAGUACCAGAAUUUAUAGAAACUCAAAUUCAACUCAGUGAAACAGGAAGGCCAGAUUUAUUAGAUUUUCCACCAGUAUUAACUACUUCACUUAUUUCAGUACUUAGGAAGAAUAAUUAUUUUAUCUCAAAUAAUAGAGAUUCUAGACAACAGCAAGAGCUAAAUAUAGAUACAAUUGAUAAGAAUCCACUAUUAACCCUAAAUUUAAAUGACAUAUUACAAAAAAAUCGAUUACUCUUAUUUGGUGGAAUUGAUAAAUUAUUAAAACGUAUGAAAAAUGAUAAUGUGCAACCUAAUACAAAGACAAUAACAUUAAUGUUGGAUUUACUCCCACCUACAAUAGAAUCAGAAAACUCUUUUUUUAAAUAUAUUGUUAAAAAUAAACUAAAAGUUGAUAUAACUUCUUUUAAUAUGCUUAUUAAAAGGAGAUGUUUAAGAAAAAAAUAUGAAGCUGCUAAAGAAGUACUCAAUGAUAUUCAAUUUCAUCAUUUGAUACCAAAUAUUGUUACAUUUGGAGUAUUAGCUAUUGGAUGCAGAAUGCACAAGGAUGGAAGAGAACUUUUAGAACAAAUGGAAACCAUUGGUUAUGCACCAAAUUAUGUGAUUUUAGAAACAUUAAUAUUCAAUGCAUGUAGUGUUAGAAACUUUACUUAUGUGUUGUAUUUAAUGAAGUAUAUAUCGGAGAAUAGAAUUGAACCAUCGCAACAAAUAUUGAAUAUUUUAGAAAAAUUCGAUGAAUUGAUGUUGCAAAUUAUUAGAAAUGAGGAUAAAUACAAGUAUAAAGCAAUUAAUGAAAUUAUGAAAGAUUAUAACAACUUUAAAAUAAAAUAUGAAAAUUGGAAAGAGGAAGUGCAGUGAUAUUCUUGAAAUAUCAAGAUGAAUCUUUAUUUUGUUUAUAAUUUCAUUUUUACAUCGAUCUGUAUUCGUAUUGACUUGAAAUAGUUACAUCGUUGUAAAAUAAAAUUUGUACAAAAGCAAAUA